AGGGGGUGUUGCUGCAGCGAUAGCUGCGGUGCGUUGAUAUGCGGGAGCUGCAGCCCGUUGUGUAAGGAGGAGCUGCAGGGAGCGGAGGAGAGUUAAAGGGGGAUCACGUUUCUCCUCCGCGAGCCCAAGAGUCACAUCAACAAAAUGUUUGGGACCGUGGUGGUUGGAGUUGGAAUUGCUGGCUUAGCACGGAUCCGAGACUUGAUGAAUCCCAUGCCUUCCAGCCCUUCUGAGCACCUGAAACUCCUCGGAUUCGUAUCCAGGAGAAGUUUUGGCAAUAUUAACGAGGCCAAGCAGAUUAGCCUGGAAGAUGCUCUAAGAAGCGAAGAGAUACAGGCAGCCUUCAUCAGCACGGAGAACAGAAGCCAUGAAGAAACCAUCAGAAUGUUUUUAGAAGCUGGGAAACACGUCCUCGUUGAGUACCCCAUGGCUUUGUCUGCUAAGGCGGCCCAUGAGCUCUGGGAGAUGGCUGAGCAGAAAGGUAAAGUCCUUCAUGUGGAGCACAUCGAACUUCUGACUGAAGAGUACAAGCAGCUGAAAAAAGAGGUGGCUGGGAAAGACCUGGUGAAGGGAACGCUGCAUUUCACAGGUAGCGUCCUCGAUGAAAACAAAACAGGAUUCCCGGCUUUCAGUGGAAUUGCCCGACUGACUUGGCUGAUUGACCUCUUCGGAGACCUCACUGUUACCUCUGCCACCAGAGAAAAGCAGAAGGAUAAGAAUUAUUCCAGAAUGACCGUUCACUUUCAGACGGCAAACAAGAAACCUCUGACUUGGAUUGAAGAAAGGGGACCAGGGAUGAGACGUGAAAAGAAAAUCAACUUCUGUUUCACAAGUGGUUGCCUGGAGAACUUCCCUCAAGCCCCGAGGUCUGCUGUGGGCCUUUUCAUGCAGGAUCAGAACCUCUUUGCUAAAAAACUGCUGGGCCAGGUAUCCAAGGAGGAGCUGGCUGCUGAGAAGUGGCGAAUUUUGCGGUGUCUUGACCUCGCUGAUGUGAUCCAACAGCACUGUGAACAGCCAGAGAAAAUCUGUCCCUGAGACUGCUCUUAGGGAAGGAGGAACACGGCAGAUGGGAGAGCUGUAGGGCUAGGGCUCACUCUUGCCAUCAAGCAGUUGCUGUUUCUGUUUCAUGACCUUCUUUAUCACUAGUUGUGACUCCUAGGCUCUCUGGGUGGGCUGGAGAGCCUGGGCUAUACCCUGUGCCUUCUGGUGUGUGCCAGAAUAAAGCAACAUUACCCUGC